AUGGAGGAACGCAAAGCACUCGUAAAAUACACUAACAUGGACAAUCGUAUGGUCGAAGCCGCCAUUGAAACCGCAGUUCAGGCAUUGGACAAAUAUCAGGUAUCCAAGGAAAUCGCUGAUUACAUAAAGCGUACAUUUGACAAACGAUAUCAACGAACGUGGCACUGUGUUGUCGGAAGGGAUUUUGGAAGGAACGGAACUAUAGUUCGUGAGAUCCGAGUGAUUUUCCGGGACGCGUCCCGCGAGUGCCAAAUGUACGACCAGAAUGACAAUGGGGUUUCGUAA